GCUUACUGUAACAUAUGUAACAAGAAAUUAAAACGAUCAAAUGCGUGUUCAGCAUUCGCGUAUGUUUUCAUGUUAUCGAAAAUCAAGAAUUUUAAGUGAGUUGAUGCGUUUAUGCGGAAAAUUCCGUACAAUGGCGAAAGACGGGCCCUUCCGUUAUUUUCCGUCACCUUUUCAUUUGCUCAACUUCUAGUAAAAGUGAUAACAAAAUUUCUUGAUUUUACAUUGGCUUGUUAUUUAAAUUGAUUUUUUACGUUUAUAUUUUGAAAUACAAAGAUGUCUUUACAAAAGAUGUUACUUAAUUGGACCGGCGUGUAUGUGUUUAUUUUAAUAGCUUGUUUGAUUUUAUCGGUGUAUAUACAUUUCGUAGAAGACUGGAAUGCGCUUGACGCUUAUAAUGAGCAACUGUUGAAAGAAGGUAUCAACACUGACACCAUGCAUUCGAACGUAGAAGUUGAUCUAAAUGAGGAUGUAGAUGUGGUAUUUACGUGGGUGAACGGUUCUGAUCCGGAGUUCAACAGCAAAUUACACGCUCAUCUGUCCUCAAUAAACCGUCAUAAUACUGAAGUUAUGGAGUUAAACAGAUAUUUUGAUGUUGGAACACUGAAAUAUUGUCUAAGAUCUAUAGAACUGUAUGCCAGUUGGAUACGGAAUAUUUUCAUUGUGACAAACGGUCAGGUCCCCAGUUGGCUGAGGAAGAAACAUCCCAAAGUUAUUAUAGUGACGCAUAGGGAAAUAUUUGCCAACAAAAGUCACCUUCCAACGUUCGCAUCACCAGCCAUUGAGAGUAAUUUAUACAGAAUACCGGGCCUAUCAAAGAGAUUUAUUUACAUGAAUGACAAUAUUAUGUUGACCUCACAAAUACAGUUAUCCAACUUCAUCACUAUAGCCGGGAAAUAUAAGAUUAAAUUCAUGUCGGAAAGGCCUUUUAUGUGUAACAAGCUUUGCGAGGUAGACCGCGUCAACAAUGGCUUAUGCGACCAAGACUGUAUGACCGAAAGCUGUGAGAUGGACGGAGAUGACUGCCUUGGUAAAACGCCUCCAAAAUACCCUGGUACUGAUGGGGCGUUCAUGUUUGACAGCUGGAUGGGUUCAGUUAUGCACACACAUUUUCUUCUCAAUAAAUGGUUUGGUCCGAAGGACAGAUACAUAGCAGAACAUGGCGCUCAUUUGUUUGACCGUACUAUCAUAAAUAUGUUACACAAAAGAUAUCCCAAGGAAUUCGAGAUGACGUCAUCACAUAAGACGCGGCAUCACAACUCUAUACAAUUUCAGUUCAUGUUUAUUCAAUACUUAAAAGAAACCGGACGCAUUGAUGCAGCGACAGAAAUGAAAAACGCCCGUAAUAAAUGCUGCCACAAAGUAAAGUUGUUGUUGGACAACAGAUCGCAUGAAUCUCGCAAGAAACAGAUAGAAAUUUGUGAGCUUGAGAUCAAACUGAAAAAGCCAACAUAUCUAGUUGUAUCAAACAGUUUUUCAAUGGCGAUGUCGGACGAGAGAAAACAAAUGAUAGUUAAUGAUGUUGAAGAAUUUUUAGACCAUUUGUAUCCAGAAAAAUCAAGUUUUGAAAAAUAGAAUAUGAAAAAAAGGCUCCCUCCAUUAAACUAGUAGUGAAAACUUUAUUUUGGUCGGGUUUUAAGAUUUUACACCGGCAUGAUUAGUGUCAUAUAACGAACUUCAUUGCGAAGGAAAAAUUUACACAUUUCAUUAUUUUGGUGACGAGCGGAAACCAUCGGUCUUCUAUUAACUAGCUGAUUAACUUAUUCCCAUGAAUGAAACUAAAGUACAUCCUACAACAUUGAAGAGCAAGCGUACACAGGUUCGAGUACAUAUAUAUAACGUAUAAGAAGCCAAAUUACCCGCAUGUGUUAUGUGUUAUGAACCUUCAAAUUUUAUUCUAUUAUAUCUGUGUUAAGAAAUUUGUUUACAUUAAACUGUUCAACUUCCAUCUUUACAACUAUAUAACCUCAUUGCUGGUUGUAUGGUAAUAUAUUAGAUAUGGAUGGUGUAUUUUUGUUAAGAAAAUAGUCCAAGUGGGGUGAUCACGUGACAUUUGUUUACGGUCGCAUUGGAUCUCUGCUAAUGAUAUUUGCUAUGUUUUCAUUAUGCCAUUCAAUGUUUGAGUAAUAAACAUAUACCAUGCUCCAGGUUAUUAUUUCCAGAUUCCAAUGGUAUAUAUCUUAUCAUUGUAGUUCUUAUACUUUUCCCGUUAUGCUUAUAAAUUAUUCGAUGCAAAAUAUGUGUUACAAUUUCUGCACAAGAAAUGUACAAUGGCUAAAUUGGAAAAAAUAUAUACCACUGGAAUUGGGCAAUAUUUGCCAUGAGCAUUGUGUUUGUUUAUUAUUCAAAUAUCGAAAAUAUAACGAAAAAGUAGCAAAUUCUAUUAGCGUUGACCUGAUUUGAACGUAAACAAAUGGUCACGUGAUCAUCCACCUUGUUAGAUACCAUCACUGUAGUAAAGUACUAAAUAUUGAACAACUUUUGUUGUUCAUUUUAGCUGUGUAAAUGUUUGAUGUAUAUGAAUAAAUGAUAUUUAAGAUAUUUUUUGACAUACAAAUACACUCAGAGGCACUUAUUACCCGACACUUACAUUUUUUGUAUUAAUAGGUUAUUUGUGGACCGAUUUUGUUCAAAUUUGGACCAUACCAAAUUCAACAUAUCAUACUUACUUCUUAGACUUAUAUUGAUAAAAAAUAGGGAAAAUAACAGAACAUUUUGUGUGGUCCAAAUUUCAACAAAAUCUGUCCACAAAUAUUAAUACAGAAAAAAAUGUAAGUGCCUCUGAGUGUAUAUAAAAUAAAGGUUUGCCUUUCUGAAACUGUUUAAAAUAGAUGCGUGUAUGUCGUUUUGUUAUUUCAAUUUAUUUUCUUAUUGUUAUUAUCAUUACAGUUUUUUUUAAUGAAAAUUUCCAUUAUUGCAACGUUCUGACCAGAAAACGAUUGAAAUAAGAUUGAUAUUUGUGUGCUAUUUUUGGAUGUGACGUUGGCCUCUUGAUUUUGUUUCAGUUCUAAACUAGAAUUUCUAGAAUAUUAUUAUCGUUGGAAAAAAAAUCUACAAUAUUAUAUUGCAGUAAUUGUUUUACGUUAUUAAGCCACGUUUGUUCAAUUUCUAACUGUCUAUAACCACAUUCCAACGACAACAUUUCACAUGCUAGUUAACAGUUUCGU